UCCAAGUGGAAUAGUACACGGUGAAGCAAAGCUCUACCUCAACCAGAGAUUUAAGCCCAUGGCAUGACAAAAUGGAUUUUGUUGGAGGGGAAAAUAAUAAGGAGUUCUAGUUAAAGGACACAGGAACAGGAUUAUGACGUUGCCGGGUUUGGUGUGGCAGCUGUUUGCCUUCAAUCUGGUGUUCACGCCUGAGUGGGUCCGUGGGUUUACCUGCACUCAGGGUUUGUCAUGUGAGGAUUGUGUGUGUGACUUUACUGACAACUGUGGAGAUGGCUUCAAUGAGGAAAACUGCCCUGGAUAUCAGAGGUGUAACUUUGAGGUGGGAUUCUGUGAAUUCACUCAAAGCUCGGAGACGUUUUCUGAAUGGACCAGAACAAAUGAAGUCCCCGGACUCGAACAUGAGCACACCAACAACACAUCAGCGUACUUCCUGUCUUUGUUACCUGUUGGAGGAAACAGAACCACAGCAGACCUGACUGGCCCUGUUUUCCAGCCCAGUCAGACUUGUCAGAUGAGUUUCUAUUAUUACGUCGCGGCCACACAUGGAGAUCUGCAGGUCCUGGUUCAAUCUCAUCCUCUGGCUCAGAGCACAGUGUUGUGGAAACACUCACAACAACCACAGACGGAAACAUGGCAGCCGACCGUGAUUCACUUUGCCAGCAAUCACAGUUUUCAGGUUGUUGUUCGUGGGGAGUUUUCACCCGACAGUGAAGUCUCUGAGGUCCUGGCCAUCGACGACCUAUCCUUCAGUCCCGGCUGUCUGACUGUGACCGAGAGCAGUUUGCCCCCUCCCACCGCUUGCCCUCCCUCGUGGUUCGCCUGUGGUGGUGGGAAUUGCAUCAAGAAUAGCAAAGUGUGCGAUUUCACCCCAGACUGUCCCCACGGAGAGGAUGAAGCCAGCUGCCCCUCUGUGUGUGAUUUUGAGGACGGGUCCUGCGGCUGGUACGAGCUCACUCUUGGCGAUGGCUUUGACUGGGUCAGGGGGUCAUCUGUGGAGGUGCCGUCUGACUACUACAACCACGCACCGCCUUUGGACCACUCCACAAACAGCACAGAAGGCCACUUCAUGUUUAUAUUUAAGAACAGCAGCAGUCUUUAUCCGAGAGCCAUUCUUCGAGGACCGUGGUUCCAACAGUCGGCCGCUGGCUGUACCAUGACCUUCUGGCAUUACAACUCAGGCAUAUCAGUGGGGGCUGCUGACAUGUACCUUCGAAUCAACGAAAGCCACAACAACACCAUCAUAUGGAGAACUUUAUAUGACCAGGGACCUCUUUGGCACCAGGUGACCGUGCAGCUGGGACGCAUCACCCAGCCCUUCCAGAUUGCUCUAGCUAAGAUCAGCCUUGGUGUGUUUGAUGGGUUCUCCGCCUUGGAUGACAUCACCUUCAAAAACUGUUCGAUGCCUCUUGCAGUAGACAAGUGUCCCCCGCACACACAUUUCCACUGCGUGCACACCAAAGCCUGUGUGGAGCACCUGCAGCUGUGUGACCUUGUGGACGACUGCGGAGAUGGAUCAGAUGAGGAAGGAUGUUCUCCAGAGCUGCAGUGUAACUUCGAGCACGGGCUGUGCAGCUGGAAGCAGGAGCAGAGUGGAGGAGAUGUGUUCGACUGGACUCGCAUCCAAGGUCCCACUCCCUCAAUAAACACAGGACCCUGGAAGGACCACACACUGGGCACCAGCCUAGGCCACUAUCUCUACAUCGAGUCAUCUAUCCCGCAAGAGUUUAAGGACACGGCGGUGUUACUGAGCCGAGUUUUCCAACCCACGCACCUGCAAGGCAAGGACCCUUCCAGGUCCCGCCACUACUGUGUUUUCCGCUUUCAUUACCACAUGUUUGGAUCCCAGGUGUUCCGUCUGGCAGUGUACCUGAGGACCACAGCCACAGGACGUGGUCUCAUGCUGUGGGUACGAUAUGGAGACCAAGGAAACUUAUGGAACAGAAAGACUCUCUACCUCAACAGUGCUCGCCCUUUCCAGAUUUUGAUUGAAGGUACCGUUGGAGAUGAUUUCAAUGGAGACAUUGCCAUUGAUGACCUCUCCUUCCUGGACUGUCUACCAUAUGAAGGAGAGCUCCCCACGGUGAAUACCACUAACCCUACAGUGACCUCUCCACCUUCUACUGUCCUGCCUCACAGCUGCCCUGAUGGAGAGUUUGUUUGUGGGACACACGGGGAGUGUGUUCCCCAGAGCAAAGAGUGUGACUUCAGAACUGACUGCUCUGAUGGCUCCGAUGAACUAAACUGUGUGAAGGAACAAUGUGACUUUGAAGGCAGUGACACUUGUGGUUGGAGGAGCAUCCAUCCCUCUUUGGUCCUAAUCCAUGAAUUUCGCUGGUCCCCUGAUCAAGGGGAGAGCAUCCAUGAUGGAGAGCAAUACGAUCGGCCUGUUCAUGACCACACACUAGGCAGUCCUGAGGGUUGGUACAUGUAUGCAGACAGUUCAAAUGGUGGCUAUGGUCAAACCGCUGACCUUCUCACUCCCAUCAUCUCCUCCACUGGGCCUCAUUGCACACUCAUCUUCUGGUACCACAUGAGUGGAUUCACUGUGGGCUCACUGCAGGUGCUGCUAAUGCACGGAAAUGUCACUCAUGAGGUCUGGUCUCAGACUGGUAACCAAGGCAACAAAUGGAGACGAGGAGAGGUUUUUCUGGGGUUAUCAAACAACUUCCAGGUGGUUUUCAGAGCUAAGCGAGGCAUCAGUUACAUGGGAGAUGUGGUGAUAGAUGACGUCAGCUUCCUGCACUGUUCCCCUCCACUUACUUCAGAUCAGCCGUGUACACCUGAGCAGUACGCCUGUGCAAACGGCCACUGCAUCCCUCAGGACGACCUUUGUGACUUCAUUAACCACUGCGGGGACAACUCUGAUGAGGACCCCUACAUCUGCAAGGGCUUUAGUGGACGCUGCAGUUUUGAAUUUGAUCUUUGUUCCUGGCGCCAGAGUCGAGGGGAUGACUUUGACUGGCUCAUCAAAGCGGGCAGCACUCCGACAGUUGGCACCGGGCCGUCCAGUGACCACACCCUAAGAGACCCCUCAGGGCACUACCUCUACCUUGAAAGCUCUUUUCCACACUCAGUCGGACACAUAGCCCGUAUAUCUGGACCCAUGCUAAGCCACAGGAGCUCACAGUGCAAGAUGCGUUUCUACAUUCACAUGUCCGGCGACGGCAUCGGGACGCUCAGCGUCUUCAGGAAAACUGAAGGGAAUCUCCAUCUUCUACUGAACCUGACGGGAGACCAGGGCAACUACUGGCAGAUGAGGGAAAUCCCUCUGAGCCACACCACAGACUUCCAGGUCACGUUUGAGGGCAAAGUGGGCCACAGCUCGAAGGGUGACGUCUGCUUGGAUGACAUCACGUUCUCUCCUGGAUGUCUGCUUACCUCCUCUGCUGGAUUUGAGGAAAACACUCCUGCAACUCCUGCAGGCUCUUGUCCUUCAGGCUUCCUGCAGUGUGAAAAUGGCCAAUGUUUCACUGCAGGGCAGAGUUGUGACUUUGCAGAGGACUGUGGCGAUGGUACCGAUGAAAAGGACUGUGGGACUUCCUGCUCCUUUGAGAAUGGUCGCUGUGGCUGGAAGAGCUCCCUGGCGGAUAAUUUCGAUUGGACGCUCGGGACUGGAUCGGUCCAAAGCAUACGGCCUCCAUAUGACCACACGUUAAUGGAUGAAAACGGUCAUUUCGUCUAUCUGGAAGCUACACCAGUGGGACUCAAAGGUGAUAAAGCUCACAUCCGAAGCUCCAUUUGGAAGGAGUCUAGUGCCGUCUGCAAGCUUGCUUUCUGGUACUACAUUUCCCACAAGGCAUCAGGCACCAUCCGACUGCUGAUCAAGACGGACAAUGAUUUGUUGGAAGUGUGGAAUAAAACGGGGCACCAGGGGAAUAAGUGGAACCGAGCUGAGGUCCCUCUGAGGAAGCUGAGGAACUUUGAAGUGAUAUUUGAGGGCAUUCGUGCAAUGGACGUGAGCGGAGGAACUGCUCUGGACGACCUGGAGUUCAUAGACUGUGCCCCAAACUCUGUGGUGCCAGUCAUCUGUCCUGCAGUCACAGACUUUGUGUGUCACAGUGGCGAUUGCAUCGAAUCCCACCUGGUGUGCGACAAUAAGCCAGACUGUGCUGAUGAAUCCGAUGAGAUGGAUUGUGACCUUGGAGGCGACUCUCCAGGUGGCUGUAAUUUCAACAUGGAUGCAAACCAGUGGGAGGAAACCUGUCAGCUCUUUCAGGACCCUGAUGAUGACUUUGACUGGAGGAUAGAUCACCAGACAGAGACACCGGGAGCUGGACCGCACACUGACCACAGCCCCGGUGGAGGAGGGAAAUUUCUCUACAUACACUCAGCCACUCAGAGGGAGGGCGACGUUGCCAGGGUGACGACCAGGCAUCCGUUUCCUGCCAGCAUCGGUCUGUGUCACCUGCGCUUCUGGUUCUUCAUGCACGGCUCAGACAGGAUGGGAACGCUGAAGGUCUAUACUUCAGGACCUAGUGGUACCAGUCUGUUGAUGUGGGCAACCACUGGAAACCAUGGCAACCAGUGGAAGUAUGCUAAUGUCAUCCUGUCCAACCCCGCACCUUUUAAAGUGACCUUCCAGGCAGAAGUGGGCGGAGACAUGUGGACAGACAUCGCCCUGGAUGACGUCUCCUACACCGCAGAGUGUACGGUCGGAGGUCCAGUAACUCCUCAGCCUCUCACCUGUGGAGUGGACCAGUUCCAGUGUGCAUACUCCUUUCAGUGCAUCCCAGAAAGCUGGCGGUGUGACGGAGAACCUGACUGCGCUGAUCGAUCUGACGAAGAGCAAUGUCCGACCUUGGGGCCCGGUACUCUUCCCCCUCAAGACAGCUGUCCAACUGGGUAUUAUCAGUGUUCCAACUCCCUCUGCCUUCCCUCCAUACUGCGCUGUGACAGAGUCCCCGACUGCCCUGAUGGAGAGGAUGAGUAUAGCUGCCCUCUGCUGCAGUGUGAGCUGGGAGAACUGGUGUGUGAACAAGGUCCACCUGGUUGUAUCCCACUUCAGAAGCGCUGUGACCACUCCACAGACUGUCUCCCCUUUCACUCUGAUGAGUCCAGCUGCCAUGAUUGUCCUCUGAUGUACUGCCUGGAUCACGGCUCAUGCCAUAUGCAGAGACACGGGCCUGUAUGCACGUGUGAUCCAGGGUGGACGGGAAACCGCUGCCAUGUGCGAGAGAAGCCAUCUCUCUCCACCUCGACACCUGAACCACAGGACACACAGCUGGACGCCGUGUACGUUGGCAUCGCCAUUGGACUGCUGCUGCUCGUCAUUGGCGUCGCCGUCUGCUCUCUGGCUUUAUGCAAGAAAAAAAGCUUAUUCAGAACAUCUGACCAGAUGGACAACAGGAUGAUGGAUAACCUGGCGUUUGACUGGAGAGCAGAGUCACUGGAUGAAGGACAAGUUGGUUGUCCCAGAGUUCACCCCAGGAAGAGUGCUGGUCAGGGGCUCUCCAUCAGUGUCUACCCCUGGAGGAGAGAGGUGGAGGGUUCAACCUGGAAAGGCGCCAAUCUGUCCUUCUCCAACCCACUGUACAAUUACCCCACUGACGCUAAUCGCACUGAGCACAAAAGCUCUGAUGCAUAAAAACAAUGGACUUCACGUAUUGACACUGCAGCAGGUUCGGGUCGGACUGAGUGUGCAAAUACUUAAUGAGUUUGUCCGGACUUGCUGAGACGCCAUGUAGAGGAUAACCACGCAAAGAAUUCCAAUAUUUUGCAAAGAAGGAGUUUGAAAGUCAGUUCUCAUCCGUCCAUCCGAUCAAUCCCAUAACCCUACCUGACCUUUGGUAAGACGCCAUUUACAGCGAAAUCAUUUUAAUGUUCUACGUGUUUCCCACACGAUAUGUUAAUAUGUGUUUGAAUAAAAGCUAGAAGAUGUAUGAACACAGCUCUAGGAAAGCCUAUGCUUUCUGAAUGUAAUCUAUUGGUAUUAAAACAUUGGAACAGCCA